CACCCCCAAGGCUACAUCAAACUAUCAUCGGAGAAAAAACAAGUUAUUAAACCCCCAAAAAAUUUGAAGCCUUUCGCAUUGUCGCUGUCCCUCGCUCUCUCUAGCAACCCUCCAAAUAUGGCUCCUGAACUUGUUCAAUCUUCCGUAAAAUCAACUGGGUACGCCAACAAACCCGUUAGCUUACCUAGCAGGGCAUACGUUACCUUCUUGGCUGGCAAUGGAGACUAUGUAAAAGGCGUUGUUGGGUUGGCCAAAGGUCUAAGAAAGGUCAAAACCGCAUACCCAUUGGUGGUGGCAGUUUUACCCGAUGUACCAGAGGAACAUCGUAAGAUUUUGGAAUCUCAGGGUUGUAUUGUAAGGGAGAUCGAACCCGUUUAUCCACCUGAAAACCAGACGCAGUUUGCCAUGGCCUAUUACGUUAUCAACUACUCAAAACUCCGUAUCUGGGAGUUUGUGGAGUAUAGUAAGAUGAUAUACUUGGACGGGGACAUUCAGGUAUAUGACAACAUUGAUCACCUAUUUGAUUUGCCUGAUGGGCAUUUCUACGCAGUGAUGGACUGUUUCUGUGAGAAAACUUGGAGCCAUACCCCACAGUACAAGAUCGGUUAUUGCCAACAAUGUCCUGACAAGGUCCGCUGGCCAUCUGAAAUGGGUGAACCCCCUGCACUCUACUUCAAUGCUGGCAUGUUCGUUUUUGAGCCCGGCCUCUCUACCUAUUAUGAUCUCUUGAAAACUCUCAAAAUUACUCCUCCCACCCCUUUUGCAGAGCAGGACUUGUUGAACAUGUUUUUCAAGAACAUCUACAAGCCGAUUCCUUUAGUUUACAAUCUAGUUCUUGCCAUGUUGUGGCGUCACCCAGAGAAUGUGAAUCUCGAGCAAGUGCAAGUUGUUCACUACUGUGCAGCGGGAUCAAAACCAUGGAGGUACACCGGAAAGGAAGACAAUAUGCAAAGAGAGGAUAUUAAAAUGCUAGUGCAGAAAUGGUGGGACAUUUACAAUGAUGAAUCAUUGAAUUACAAGAAGCCAAUUGCUGGAGUUGAUGGUGAGACAGAACCUGUCAACUUGAAACCAUUCAUAGAUGCUCUCUCAAGUGCUGGCGCAGUUGAGUUUGUGGCUGCCCCUUCAGCUGCUUAAGACUUGAUGCGCUCUUCUUCUUCUUCUAAGUAGAAGACAAAGAUCGCAAUUAGUUUUUUUAUGUAAAUUAAUAUUAUAAGUUCUAAGGGUCAAAAUUCCUUUCACCUACAUGUAAAUUGGUAAUUUGUGGGGGGAGUUUAAGCUUUGGCAUUCGCUUUUGUCUUUUUAUCUCUGGGCACUCUCUAAGUAUAUUGAUGGUUAAAUGUAAUCUUUUAUCAACGGUGAAUGAAUAUACGUCCUUCCCAA